CAAUGGAUAUUUUUCAAAACCAAUGCAGUGAAAGCUUGGGAUUCGAUUCGAUGCUUUCCUCGAAUCAUCUCCAUUCACCCCUGCACGAUUCACCCGGCUCACCGAAUCCGCUCAAUUUUGCACCGUCGUCGCCCUACUUUUCAUCGAUCUCACAACAAUCCGCCGGUGGUGGGGGUGGUGGUGGACACACCAGUGGCCCAAAUGAUGUCAUUCUGCCGAGCAUUUUCGUAAAGAUUCCAACCCAAAUCAACCAGCAGUACCAGCAGGAGAAUCGCUUACGUUCCCAUCACAGCACAUCGAAUGAAAUAAAGAGCGAAGAACGGUCGGAACCGAUCAAGAGUGAAGUGGCCGAUACGCGGGUAAAGCUCGCCAGCCUAAACAGCUCCGACCGGCUGCCGGAUGUGAUCGAUAGCUAUCUCAACGACACAUUGGUGGACGUUGGUGUGCAACCGGAAACACCGAUACUGCUGUGUGAAUGUUGUCCCUUUGCGACCCUUUCCGAGUCACGUCUUGGCGAGCACAGAAGGGAUAGACAUUCGGCUGGCGUGACGACACCGACGACGGACAAACUACACUGUCCCGUGUGUGAGAACAAAUUCUACAAGAAAACCGUACUAGAGCUACACCUUUCGGAGGAUCACGAAAUGGUUCCGAGCGAGGUGGAAGCGCUGUGUAGUCGUGCUGCAACAAAUUCGACCACUGUUUCAACGCAAAGGAAUGAAACGGCCACAUCCGUAGCACCUGCGGCAUCACACAACAAGAGCCGUAUCUACAUAAAGAACGUACAAUUGCUCAAAAAGCCGGACGUUAUUGCACAGGAAACACGACAAGAAAACGUUUCCCAGGGUCAGCAAUUGCUUUCGACCGAUCAGGAACCUUCCGCGGUUGCCCGCGGUACGCUGCAGGACGCACAUCAGCUUGCCGCGCUUGGGGAAGACCUGUUGCAGCAUGAUCAAACACUCGAUAUGCCUCAUACGGCGCAGCAACUUCAACAACCGUCUGGCGCUACCGUAAAUGGGAACAAAAUAUUUAUCCGUAAUGUUUCACUGCUUCAAAAUGUGAAUUUUGUCCCAUCGGAGGAAAACAUUCUAACGAACGGGAGCAAAUACAAUGCGCCAUCUUACAUGAGCAUGGAUUCAACACCGUCCAUGAUGGAUCCAAUUGGCAAUGGUUACAGUAUGGAACAGUCGGCACCACCCGGGACGACACAGUCGCGUGGAAGUCGCAUUUAUAUUAAAAAUGUGGACAUACUUCGAAACCCACUCAUAUCGACGCUUAACGAGCCGGUGCCGAAUUCGAACGCCGGAACUCUCUCCUCGUCGUUUAACGAAUCGGCCACAAGUAGAGCGAGUAGCUGCGAGAGCAUUAUCUGUACAUCAACACCACCAGCAUCGAUGGAACAGCCGGUUGCGUCGGAACCAUCGCUAUCCACUGCGAAUGCUAGCCUAUCCCAGUUGGGCUCAACAGCGUGUGAUCAGCCAUUGCUAAAUGGUACCGAAAUCAGCUACACAAUAGGACCGACGUUGGAAACUGCGAACCGAACGCUACCAUUAACAGUUGAUCAAGGAUCACAGAACUUGCUGAUGCUAUUCUCCACUGCUGGAGAUGAUCCGAGCGUUUCCUACCUAACGACCGAUAGCACCAACACAACCGUAUCGAAUGCAUUGAUGGGAACGACGACCACGGCGGAAACAACAACGACGACGACGACGACGGAGUACGAUACGCAUCAUCUGGCCAUACCCCAGACGGUCACCAAUUCGUCCUGUGACGUAGAGCAACCGCAACAACCGCCCCAAAGAAAGAGUAAAAUAUUCAUCAAAAACAUAAGCGUACUAAAGCAACCGACGAUACACCUUAAAUCUGUUGACGAGGUCAAUCUAAUGACGUACGAUGAGCUGCAGUUGCAAAAUAUGCUACCAGCUGCCGGUUUGCCGCAGGGUAGUAACAUCACGACCGGAACUUUGGUGCAACCCCGUUGCGAGCUUAAUGGACAGCUGAUUGAUAAAGCAUUCGGUGGAAGCGGUGGUACUGAAAUGAUUGAACUCGAUUGCCAAAGCCAUCCGUCGCAUGACGAUGCGCUCGAUGGGUAUCACGAGUCAGAUCUUGGCUACGGAGAGCUCGGUGGAGAAGUGUGCGAUUUUACGGAAGGUUUCAACGAUCGUGAUGAUCCCGGUGGAGGAUUGGUUGCUGUGGAUGGUACGGGCGUAUCUCCGGCUGGCAAUGAAAGCAACGCGGAAACGACUAACGCUCACUGUGAGCCAAUUCCUACCGGCUAUACGAACGACAUUAUUCUGCUGCAGGAAGAUCCGGAUGCAAAUCGAAAGAUAACACCCAAUCACGAGUGGCCAUCGAUUGGUGGGACGGGGGAAUCGUCUCUUGUGCACGAUAUACUGCAAGAACCACUAGACGGGUCCGAAAUUCCCGUUCAAACAGAACCCAUUUGUCAACGGAGAGAAGAAGAUUCAUUUUUAGCUACCCAACAAGUAAUUAACCUCGAUCCUACUCCUGGAGAAUUUCAAUCGACUGGUGAGAGCGAAAUUUUCACAACCUCCAUCAUAGAUCAUUCAUCGCCGGAGCAGCACGUGAUCGUUUCGAAUGACACAGCACCUUGCGAAGAGGAAUCGCUACUAACGUCAAACGCUCCCAGCCUCACAACCCGCGAAUCCUCGGAUCGUCCUCGUACGCGCGGUCGUCCGAAAGGUGCCAAACAGACGGGCAUAACGAAGCUAAAGAAACUCUACACCAACCUGACGGCCGAAGAGGAAGGCUACAAAUGUGACCUGAUCGAUUGUGGGGUACGGUUUCGGCAGCAGGAUCGGCUCGAGUAUCACCGCAAGUGUCACAUUGCGGGAGAUAGUUCGAACGCUAUUCGCUGUCCAGAGUGUGGUUCACUAGAGUUCCGAAACUGGAACACACUGCACACACAUCUGUGGCGUGAGCAUGAAAUCGAUAUGGAGCUUUACGCGUGCCAUCUUUGUAGCUUUAAAACGCCCGUCCUUUGUCGGCUGAACAAUACGCACAUGAAGAUCCAUUCGGAGGAGCGUAACUUUAAGUGUGCGAUCUGUGGGAAGGCUUUCAAGAACAAUAAACAGCUGCGAAACCAUCGGCGGUGGCAUCGAGAGCCACAGCCUCAGCAGCCCCAGCAGCUCCAACCGGAUGUUCCGGUAAUGGUCAAUGAGCAGCCCAAACAACCACCUCCAGAAGUCACUCCUAUUGUGGCUGAUCCUCCUGUAGAAUCGUCUCCCGUACAACAGAAACCAACGAAACCAACCAAUCAACUAACGAUGAAAUGUGUCAAAUGUGGACUACGCUUCGCCAGCAAACGACAACUGCGUGCUCAUAUGGACGCAAAGCAUCCCACCGAGACGGGCGAACAAACUGGGACAGACACGCCCAGCACCAGCAAACAUCGCUGUCUCUUGUGCGGUAUGGUGUUCCGGACGCGCUACUUGCUUCAGGCACACGCAGCCAAACAUUCGGACGAAAAGCGCUUCAAGUGUGAGCAUUGCGAGUACACCACGAACGACCAUAAUGCCUUCCGGAGGCACAAGAUGCGACACAGUACGAAGGGUGGUCAUAUGUACAAGUGUAGUUACUGUGAUUAUAGCAGCAUCCAGAGUACGACCUACAGGAAGCAUCUCGAACGGAUGCAUGCGGAGGUUGCGUCCGCACUGCUGUACAAAUGUGCCAAGUGUCCGUUCGUGUCGAUCAGCGAGGCAAAGUAUCAGCUGCACCGAACGAAACAUGAAGCCGAUGGUACGGUGGAUGAACAUCCGCAGGACGUUCAACAUCAGCCGCAGCCAUCGAAAACGAUCGAACCUGAUCGGACCGUUGUGGAGGAGAGUGAUUCCGACCAACAGCAACAAAGGCAGUGCGAGAGCGUCAACUCGGAUGUUGUUAUUGUGGAGCAAUCCAAUGCAGGCGAAACGGAUUUAAUUGGUGGCUCCGAACCGAUGGAUGUUGUGAGCGGUAGUAUACAGAUCAUUCAGCAUCCCAUCAUCCGGCCGGCAAUGUUUGCGAACAAUUUCUCCAAGGUCGAUAAUUUCUACGGAUAUCAGCAGCACGAUCAGUCAAUGAUUGUGAAGCUGACGGAUGCGUCCACACAGCUGCGUGGGAUGUGUCCACUGCAGGUGGUCAGUACAGUACAACCAGCAACAACCGUUCUUCCCGUUGCAGCAGUACAGUUACCUGAGCAGCAGCUGCAGCAGCAGCAUCAGUACGUGCAUCUUAGCAACGUUGUGGACGAAGUUGUAAUGCGGGAACUCAACUGA